AUGUCCGCCCCCGCCGUCCUCGCUGCCGUUCUCGUCGCCUCCCAUCUCGUCUCGGCCGCCCCGCUCGUCGACCUUCUCCUUCCCAGAGAUGAAGCCGAUUCUACCACUGCCUCCGAGAACUCUAGCUGGGUCAUCGCCGUUGUAGUCAUAGUCGCCCUUGUUAUCCUCGGCGUCAUUUCCACCGUCCUCUACGUCUGCAUCAUGAACCGCCGCCGCAAGCGCGAACGCCGUGCCCGCGCCGCUGCUGCCGCGAGCAGAAAGGCCCGCCGCCACCGCGAUCCCCGCCGCUCAGACUCCUUCGCCUCGUCCUUCUCCGACGAGUUUCCCAUAGGCCUCAGCCCACCAUCGCCUGCCGUUACCGUCUCUCAACAGAGCUCACCUCGGUCUUCGCGCAGCAUAUCUCCCGACAUGGUCAAGCAACAGAUGCCUGUACCCGUCCGGUAG